GUAUUUCGAAAAACAGGCAAACUUUAGAAGGCAAAGCGAGGUUCUGAAGACUAACCAGACAACUGAUUGCUGGCAUCGUUGAUUUGUCCGCGGCAGUUGUCGGCAGUUGUGAGCAAAUGAAAUGUUUUUCUUAAAGGAAUUGUGUUUCUUGAUAGCUCUGAUUGGACAUUCUACAGGUAAUGAUGUUGAGCUCAAAUUCAAUAUGGUAGGCUUCACUUCAACUCCUGUUGUUAAUGAUAUUGGGCAAAAUGAUGUUCGUGGUUACACACUGGGCUCCGAUAGAUCAAAUAAUAUCACACUCAACAUUUUACUCGUAGUCAACACAAGUCUAUCAGGACAACCGCUAUGCGAAAAUCCUCUCUUGCAUGUUGAAUGUAUAUUCGUAAAAAUUGACAAGGUAAAAUCGACUUUCCUUGAAGCUGACUUUAUUAGCAAUACUGAAGCUCGAAUAGGCGUAUUUACUGCGUACGCUGAGAAGGGUAAUCGAAGUGGCACUGCUACUAUAAUAGUUCACCAUGCAAAGACCCCUGUAAUACCAAUUGUUCGCACCAAGACUGUCAGUGUAUGUGAUAGUAACGUUACAUUGAGCGUAAAUCAAUCUAGUGGAAAUAUUGAAAGCUUACGAUGGGCGAAGAAUGGAGAUUAUAACGAAGAAUGGGAUGGGCUGACGGAGAUCUUUUUCAAAAAUAUUACACUGAAUGAUUCUGGGAUUUACGAAUGUUAUAUAAAUGGCAGCCGGAAUGAAGGAAAAUACGCAUUCAUGCAGAUGAUAGUAAGAGAAUGUCCACAUAACAAAUGGUCUCCGCCGAAUUGUAUUAUGGAGUGUGACGUUUGCUACAAUGGAGGAGUGUGCGAUACAUACAUCGGAACCUGCAUAUGUCCUUCAGGAUUUAUUGGAAAUAGAUGCGAAAUACCUGCUGGUGGUAAUCGUUUUGGACGUGAUGGUAACGUUAACUGCAUCGGUCAAAAUGAUAACGGAUGCAGAGGGUAUCUGAUUUGUCCACCUAUGCCACAAGGUUGUGCCUGUCACGCUGGCUGGAAAGAACUCGACUGUAAUACGGAAUGUGAACCUGGCAAGUAUGGCGCUGACUGUCUACAAUAUUGUCAUUGUGACGCUGAUCAGUGUGAUCCUUCCAGAGGCUGUCAUAUGAACGCAACAUGCCACUCUGGUUACAAUGGUACAAGAUGUUUAGUUACAUCUUCCAGCAAACAAUCGAAUAAUACGACGUCCUUUAUGGAAACCACUACUGUGCCUUCUACACAUACGACGUCUGGUGUAAAAACAACUAAUGGUAACGUACUAAGUGUCAAAUUAACAUGGACAUAUAAUUAAUAUUAUAGCUCCAUGAUAGUUUGUAUAAGCAUGGAGGAAUAUGUUUAGAUUAAACUCCAUGGUUUAAUUGUGUCUGUCAAUCGCGAACCCUGUCGGUGAAUAUGAUGAAGAAUGGUUUAGGGUCAGUUUGUUAUACAUACAUUAUGCACUAAUCCCUUCUUUUACAGCACUACUGAGGUUGUAAUGGAUUUUUUUAAUUGGCAAAGUAGUUUUCGGAGAUUUUUCAGAUUUCAAACGACGAGAAUUAUUUUGAAAAGACAUCCUCAGUCAUCCACUGGACCACUGGUUGUGGACGCAGCCUUCCAAGCUGGCUCUCCGUUUUGGCAAAUUGUUUCUGGACAACAUGUCAAAUGGAUUCAUUCUUGGUGAUGAAUAGACGAACUGAAAUAAUUUGGCAGGAAUAACCAUGUGAAAAUACCGUAGUGUACCCAGUAAAAAGAUCGUACAGGAAUGGAUUGAAACUACAAAUAUUGGCGUAUUUUAUCCAUCACGAUGCUUGUCAUAAAAUAUAUCCAUUAAUAGCGAAUUCUGCGUGCAUUUCAAUACUUAGAAUAUGUAUUAUACUUUCUCAUAUACGUAUUGUAUCAUACCAUGGCUUACAAAGUUUGAUAAAUCAGUGGUAAGCUAGGUAAAUUUUAUUAAUAUUAUAAAUAGAACUGCACUUAUUGUAUAAAUCUAUAAUGCAUCUUUCAAACAACCUAAGACUACCGAUAUGCAGUUUAAACUCUAGAUGUCUAAAUAAUUCUAUGUAUUUUUAUUCUACAAAUACAAACCUUGUUGUUACUAUAUUUUAUUUAAUCCAGACAUAAGUUUGAUUAACAAUAAAUGUGAACAUUAACAAUUACUUAUCAGCAUACAUAGAUUAAUUGUAUAAUUAAUAUAAUCAUCUUAUAAUUAUUCUGUUGAAAGAUAUUUUAAUAAUCAAUCAAUCUUGCAAUAAAUCAAUAAAUCAAUUCAUUAAUCAAUUAAUCAAGUAAACAAUUAUUCAAGCAAUAAUGUGUAGAUAUAGAAAUAUAGUGAAAUCAUACAAAUAAUACACAAACAACUAAUGAAAAUAUUAACCCAAUAAUGAGAAUUAAUAAUAAUAAUAUUAAUAAUAAUAAUAAUAAUAAUUAUUAUUAUUAUUAUUAGGCCUAUUAUCAAUAUUACUAUUAUUUCCAUUAUUAUUACUAUUAUAGUAGACUAUUACCGUAAAACUUCUUAAAUAAACCCAGUUGUCUAUUAGUAAUAGGAACCCAGGCUCUAAUAAUAGUAACCAACCUUUUAAGUUACUGUAUACUAAAAACUUAAUACUCUAAUAUUAAUCCAACUGGGUUACACAUUACAAUGCUAAAACUUCAUACACAGUCCUGUA